AUGGAAAGAUCUCAUGGAGCAAAUCUUUUCGAGGAUCAUCCCAUUAAGUACGCGAGACUUGCAACAGUCUCGUUUGCAAAAGUCUGUGGCAGUAAUAAAAUGUACGCAGCAGCAAAAAAGGAAUUAGAUAAAGCUGUUUCUUAUUUGAGCCUUCUCUUAUGUUGUUCUUUGAAUUUAUAA